AAUUAUUCAGGCAAUGAUAAUGUGGUAUUAAGUAAUUUAAUAACGAGCAUUGCAUUAUUUGGAAAUGAGUUCAAUAUUAAGUAUACAUAGUAUUUUAGUGAGAUAGUAAUAAAAAAAAAUGAUUUAAUAAUACUAAUUAUCUUCAAAAUUAUCAGAUAACAUUGCUUCAAAUAUUUUUAAAGUCAAAGCAAGUAAUUUUAUUGUAGUUUUUUUGUUCUGAUUCUAUUAUAACUAAUUAAAAUUAUAUAUUUUCUUAUUCUAUAUAAUAACUUGCAUGUGGUAGGCUAGGUUGGACUAGAAUCAAACAAAUUUAAGUUCAUUAAAACAUGGAAUCUAGGCUAGCAAAUGGUUUAAAGUUGUUGUAUUUACCAAAAAAAACCAAAAUUAAUUCUGGUCUUGGAGACAAACUUCCAGAAGCAUACAAAAAAUUCUAUCUUGAAUGGCGUCAUCGUACUCCUGAACCUGUAUAUUUUCAACCCAAAACAGGAAAAUGGAUGAAGGAUUCUAAAUCUGGACAAGUAGUUCCAGUGCAAAAUAUUCCAAUCCCUUUAAAAUAUCCUAAAACUAUGCAUACAGGUAUUUGGGGAGGAGAAGCUAUUGUUCAAGGAUUUAAGCAAAAAGGAAAAUAUAAAAGUAGAGUUCCGUAUUUUUGGGUACCUACACUUAAAAAUACUGUAGUCUAUAGUGAAGUGUUGAACAAAUAUAUGUCAACUAUUGUCACUGAACGUGCUAUAGAAUUAAUAAAUAAAAAUUAUGGACUUGAUCAUUAUCUUUUGAAAACGCCUGCCUGUGAUUUAAAAACCACUUUGAGUUUGAAAAUAAAAAGAAAUAUUUUAAUGGCAUUAAGAGAUAAAACUUUAUAUCCCGAUAAUAUUGUUAAACAACAAGCAAUAUAUGACAAAUAUAAACAUUAUUUAAACGAUUAUUCACAUGAAGAUAUUGAAUGGUAUGGGCUUACCUUUGAUCAGGCGUUGCUUAAAUUUCAAGAAAAAGAAGAAAUUGCUAAUUUAAAAAGAGAACCAUUAAAAGCAAAGUUCAGAACCGAAUUAAUUAAAGAAUUAAAAACAAACAAGGAUAAUUUAGUUGAUGAAAAUAAGAGUUGGCUAAAUAAAAUUAAUCCAUUUAAAUAGCUGAUAGUAUUGUCUAGUAAUUUUGUAUUGUAAAAAUAAAAUAAAAGAUAUUCAAUAAAAAAAAAAAGGAUUUCAAUAA